AUCCUGAUGGAACUAUGAACCUGAUGAAUUGGGAGUGUGCCAUCCCUGGAAAAAAAGGGACACCGUGGGAGGGAGGCUUGUUCAAACUUCGGAUGCUGUUCAAGGACGACUACCCUUCCUCUCCACCAAAGUGUAAAUUUGAGCCCCCUUUAUUCCAUCCGAAUGUAUAUCCGUCUGGUACCGUAUGCUUGUCUAUAUUAGAGGAAGACAAAGACUGGAGGCCUGCCAUUACAAUCAAGCAGAUCUUGCUAGGAAUCCAAGAACUCCUUAAUGAACCAAAUAUUCAGGACCCCGCACAGGCUGAAGCAUACACAAUUUACUGCCAAAACAGAGUGGAGUAUGAAAAAAGGGUCCGAGCACAAGCCAAAAAGUUCUCGCCGUAAACCACAAGAUUUCGCACUGUAUUGGAAAUGGGUUUUGACCAGGUCUCCUUGCCCCUGUUACUCCCCCCUUACAAAUCAUAUCCACUUCAUACUAAUUUACUGCUGGGCUUAAAGAAAUGAAUGUGUCGUGCCAUUGUCAAUCCACUGAUGCUCGUCCUAACAAACUCUUCCUGGGGGUUUUAAAUUUGGCCUUUUGUAUAGUACCUUUUUCCUUUUGCAUUUGGGCAGCAGAGAUGCUCACACAAAGUUGAGUGAGUUGUGGAUUUUUUUUUAUUUUUUUCGGUGGGUGGGGUUACUUGGUAACAGUGCUACAUCUUUGCAAAAAAAGGCACAAACAUCAUCCACAUGCAGAAGAAACGAUAUUCCACAGAUGCAGAGGUAUGAGCAUAAAACUGCUUUUCGUUUUGCUUAAUCUUUGUUUUCUUUCAGACUGGCCUCCUAAGCCUCUUUCAUGGUUUUAAUAAUUUAAACCUUGCUAUUAAUGUCAGUAUUUCAACUGCUGUAAAAUGUUACUUUUAUACUUCCUUUACUUUGGAUUAGUGUCUGUAGAGAGAUUUCCAUUCCUGAUGCAGGCAGUGUACUAAGCAUGUACCAUUCAGUAUGAUAGCGUUGUGCUGCCUCGGCCGUCUGUGUUUUGCAAAAGAAGAAAAAAAGACUUAACGUAAAAGACUUCUGAAUCAAAUGGUUAGUUAACCGCUGCAUCAGUCUCUUUGUGUUCAUAUGGUGUUUUGUUCAUGUAAGUGUAUAGAGUAAAUAAAAUGUUUAUACAAAGCCA